AUGCCUGGAAACGAUACUUUACAUUUACUCACAAAGAAUGGAAAACAUGAGUUUCGUGUGGAUCUCCAGAGAUUUAAUGGUCAGAAAGGGUAUGCCAAGUACUCCAGUUUUGCUGUUGGUGGCGAAGAAAGUAAAUACAAACUCAGUGUGUCUGGGCACAGUGGAAUAGAUGACAGUCUUAUCCAUCACAGUGGUAUGAGAUUUACCACCAAAGACCAAGACAAUGGUCUUAGCAGCUCUAACUGCACGGUACAUUAUAUAGGAGGAUGGUGGUAUGAGAGCUGUUAUCGUUCUAAUCUGAAAGGACUGUAUGCUCAGUCUCCAAUGAAGAGUAACAAAAACAACAAAUGGUAUAGUUGGUUUCACAAAGCACUGAAAAGAUCAACGAUGAUGAUGAGACCAUCAGUAUAG